GAUUCAGAAGGAACAAGGUUCUAUUGAGUUGUUUGGAAAGAAAGGAGAGAUGUCACUUGUGAACCGAGCAACUCAAGAGGAAGGGAGUGAAGCUCCUCAAGCAAACAAGGCUGCGCAUGGGAAGUAUGAGGAGAGGAGGUUCAAUGGGAGCUGUGAUCACUGCAAGAAGCAUGGCCACAAGAAGAGUCAAUGCUGGAUACUUCAUCCACAUCUCAAGCCGGCCAAGUUCAUGAAAGACCGUGAGGCAAGGGCUAAUGUCUCGGAUGUGACAAGUGGAGCUGGUACAAGCAAAGGAAAGGAGAUGGAUGGACGUGAAGCAGGUGAUGGGAAGUCUCUUGUAGCCUACACCGGAGCACCUAGUUACCGUGGGAACAAUGAUCAGGAGUAUCUCAGGAGAGCUGAUCUUGAUGCCCUCAUUAAGAUAUUCAAGGAGAAUGG